AUGGAGCCACACGCGGCUGCUCCGGGUUGUGUGAACGUUGGCUGCCUGACCAGCACCUUGCCGCUGAUUCCCUACCAGAAGCUGACCGACUUGUACUACCUGAGCAGAGGGGGCUUCGGUACCGUGUUCAAGGCGCAGCACUCCGACUGGAGGACCACCGUGGCCAUCAAGUGCCUCAAGUUGGACUCCCCGUUCGGCGAAAGAGAGAGGAAGUGUCUGCUGAAGGAGGCAGAGGUCCUCCACAAAGCCCGCUUCAACUACAUCAUCCAGAUUUUUGGGAUCUGCAACGAGCCGGAGUUCUUCUGCAUUGUGACCGAGUUUAUGAGCAAUGGCUCCCUUGACCAACUGCUGCAUGAGAAGGACAUGUACCCUGUGCUCGCCUGGCCUUUGCGACUGAGGGUCCUGUAUGAAAUCGCCUUGGGAGUCAACUUCCUUCACAACAUGUCCCCGCCCCUUCUACACCAUGACCUGAAGACACAGAAUAUUCUGUUGGAUAGCGAAUUCCACGUCAAGAUUGCAGAUUUCGGUCUUUCUAAAUGGCGGCAACUCUCUGUCAGUCAAGGCUCAGGGUCCAAACCGUCUGAAAUUGGUGGCACGGUGAUCUACAUGCCCCCUGAAGAGUACGAACCCUGCGGGAGCCGCCGCGCUGACGUCAAACAUGAUAUGUACAGUUAUGCCAUCAUCAUGUGGGAAGUGCUUUCCAGGCAAAUUCCUUAUGAUGAAGUGACCAACCCCAUGAAGAUCAUGUUCAACGUGCUUCGUGGGAUGCGUCCUGACACAAGCCUAGCCAGUCUGUCAGAUCAGAUCCCCAGUAGAGAGACGCUUGUUUGCUUGAUGACAUGCGGCUGGACCACAAAUCCUGAUGAACGACCUUCCUUCCUCAAGUGUCUCAUUGAGCUGGAGCCCAUGGUGAGGAAGUUCAACGAAAUCGACUUCCUGAUGGCUGUUCUAGAGAUCAAGAAGUCAAGGCUGAACCAGAGAUCCAGCUGCUGCUCAGCACAGCCCGAGAGCGAGAAGACGGCUGAGGACGAAACUCUGACGAAGCUGAAGGACACGUCGCGCACUUGGCCGGAGAGCACCACCUCAGGCUCAGGCUCUUGUUCCUCCCAGGAAACGGACAUAUCACUACCGGGCGCCCUCACCAGCAGCAACGUGGCGCCUUCUAAAGAGGGACCUCCAGCAUCAGUCUCUGUUCAUACUCUGGAGCCCCCCGAAUCUCUGAAGGACAAUCUAAAUGGCUUCCAGAGCGCCCGGCCCAUGAACGACCUGAGCAAAUCUCUAAAACCUGCUCUGCCUAUAUGGGAGGGCGUGACGCAGCUGGAGGCCCUCACACUCAGUGUAAAUUGUACAAAGCCACAAGAUAACUCGCCUCCAUUGCGCUGCUCAUCGCCUUCGCAGGGUCCCAUCGGUCAGUGGAUGUCAAAGCGACGUGAGGAGAUUGUGGCGCAAAUGACGGAAGCCUGCCUCAACCAGACCCUGGACGCCCUGCUCGCACGUGGCAUGCUGAUGCGCGAGGAUUACGAACUGGUGGUGAACCAGGCCACGCGUGCCGCCAAGGUCCGCCAGCUCCUGGACAACUGUCACAAGCACGGCGAAGACUUCUGCCGCGUCGUCGUCCACAAGCUACACCACAACAAGCAGAUGGGCCUCCAGCCGUACCCCAACGAAAUCAGCUCGGCCGGCACAGUCUUCGUGCCCAGCAUCCCACCGCUUUCGGUAUCCUACAAUAUCCCCAGGAACAUAUAGGUCCGCAAUGGGAACUGUCCAGAUCCUAGACUGUGCCAAAUAUUUGCUCUAUCGACCUGUUCACCAGGAGGUCACGUGUACAGUACUUCCGGGUGGCAUAAACUCAGAUGGCACCACCAGAAAACAGGGUACAUAGCUUAAAUUAUGAUUUUCACCAGAAAUGGCAACGUGCGCGGCCCCACAUGUUGCUCAUGUCAUGAACCGCCAUUGGUUGCAGUCUAAAAGAUGAUGCUAGGGGGGAGGUACAUUGCUUCCAAGACAUAGUGAACAUGAUCAUUGAGGGACUGGCUCAUUAAUUGACUAUUCUGUUGCUUGGAUUAAUGGCACAGACAGGGUUAGUGAAUUUCAUUUUCUAUGCGAACUAGUUCAAAGUUUAGUUCACCGUUCCAAAAAUGAACUAUUCAGUUCAUAGUCUGUUAUUCAAAAUUUUGAACUAAGUUCACAGUUCCAAAAAUUAGCUAGUUCAUAGUUCUUUUUUUUUUCUCUCAAUAUGUUACUGAUGGGCUGUUGCCCUCAAAAUACUGGCAUUUCAUUUUUCCCAUGUCAGCCAUUCAGUCCACACUAGUACCCAGCUGCAGAUUUCACUGUACAAUCUCAAAAACAUGAGGAAAACCCUGUUGCUUGAAUGGUCUUUUUUUAAAAUGAGGAAUUAAAACAAAAACAGGACUUUUGUCCUUAAUGUGCCAACAAAAACACGCAAAACAGUAUAACAGGAACGAUGGUGAAAGGAUGAUGAAAACUUUGCAUUCCUUUCAGCGCUGGCUGUCUAUAUUAACAAACUAUUUGAUCUAUUCUUAUAUAACAAAGCAAAUACUGUGUCUGCCGGCGCAACCCCAAACAUAGGUUUUUCAGUUCCAGUCAGUAGUAGUUUUUGCCACCUGGAAGUACCUUGGUGUCGAUUGUUUGCAAAUGUUGUGAAAAGAUCCGUUUGCUGGAUCCAUUUUUAUUGAAAUUGUCAUCAUGGCUCCUGUCAGUGUUAAUACCAGAGGGAGAACUGCUUAAGUAAACAGUCGUUGGUAUACAAACCACAGCCUUCGGCUUUUGUAUUAUCUAAAGCGUGGGUUCUCAAACUGUUUGGUUCCAAGGGUUCCCUCUAAUUCUAGCACCAAUUGAACAAAACUACAGUGGAUAUAAAAAGUCUACACACCCCUGCUCAAAUUUGUGUUUUUUACACAAGUGUGCACAUCCUAUUACCGGUAUAUCUCGGAUGUGGCUGUGUUCAGAAUUAACCAAACACAUUCAAACUGAUGUUAAAUGGGGUCAACACACUCUGCCACCAUUUUGAAGUGCCUCUGAUUAACUCCAAAUGAGGUUCAGGUGUUCUAGUAACUGAUUUGCACAGGUUAUUGGUCACAUAAUGAAAGUAAAAAUUAGUUGGCUUUGUCUUAUUUUUAUAUCACAUAAAUCUAGCAAAGGAACAGGGGUGUGUAGACUUUGUUUUGUUGUUUUUUUAUUUUUUUUUAUUUCAACCUAAAUAUUCGCCUGUUUAAUAGAAAGGAUCUCAAACAAUUUCAAAGUCAACUCAAUAUUUAUCUAUCGUAGCAUGAUAGUUUUAGUGACUUUUCCGACGGCUUUAGCCACUUUAAUUCCCGUUAGCAAAACAGACAUGAUUGCACAAAUUAAUUGUAUUUUGUGUCCUGUAGGUCAGCGGUUCUCAAACCUUUAGGGUCAAGGAAUCCCUUACAGGGGAGAGAAUUUUCCGAGCCAUAAGAAUUAAAAAGUUGUCUAUUUUUGAGAAAAAAAAGUUGAAGUGUUACAAUUCAUAUUUUUAGAGGGAAAAAGAUGUAAUGUUUUGCGAAUAAAGUCGUAUUUUUCCAAGAAAAACAGUUAACCUUUACAAAAACAGGUGUAUUUUGUCAGGAUGAAAAAAAGUAAUAAUCUUACAAAAAUAAAGUUGUAUUUUUCCAAAUAAAGUCAUAAUAAUUUGAAAUAAAAGAGAAGAAAUUCAUAUUUUCAAAAGGGAAUUUCAAAAAUACACCUUUAUUAUAGUAAUACACCUUUUAUUUUGGAAAAUAUGCCUUUUCUAUUUUUUCUUUUUUUUAAGGACUAUGUUUUUAAAAAUAUAGGUGCUCUCUCUGGAAAAAAAUAAGACUUUGUUCCUGUAGUAGUACCAGUUGUGUUCACCAAAAAAACAUUAUUUAUGCAGGGAUGCAUUUUUUUCUUUCAAUGAUAUGACUAUUUAUUGCACAUUAUUUCGUGGACCAGCGGAGAUAUAGGGGCCCCAGUUUGAGAACCACUGAUCUAAAGAACCAAAUUUGUGCUUUUAUUUUCAAACGUUUAAGUGAUUUACAGUAUUUAUAGUUUCUUUAUUCUGAGGCUACACGUCACAGUCUCAAUUUAGUAUAUUUUAUAAUUGUAAUUUUAAGAUGUUUUUUUUUUUCCUCAGCCACAUGGAUUUUGUAUUUGUAGCCUCAUUUGUGGAAUGUAAAAAUUCUCAGUACUCCGGUAAUUAUUAGUGAUUUAUCGAUAUCAAAGCACUUUUAAGGUGCAGGGAACAUACUGCAAAGAUGAGGUUUAAACCCAAUUAAAUUGUCAUUUGAAAUGUUCAGGUAAUUAUUUUAUUGGUUCAUCACUUCAACAAUAUUACAGUUAUUAAACUGUAUUUUAUGCUCA